AUGUGUUCUCUUGUUAUUAUUAUUCCCCUUAGUCGUCGGGCUUUUGCUGUGAUAUUGCCUUCCUGCGACUCGAUCCAGGUGGAGCUACUCACGUCUUUCAUUUCAGGUCGCCGAUUGAGAGAUGCAACAAAAGUUCUCUCGCUGAGAAGUGGGGGAAGUAUCAUUCGCCUUAAAGCUUGCAUAGCUCCACUUCGGUCUCGAUCUCAUUUGCUUUCGUCGCCGACCUUUUCAGAUGUGCAACAAAUCCCAUUUUUACUUGCUAGCAAUCAAUGUCAAACUUCUUCACAGGAGAUGUCUUUAGUAUCAAAAGAUCCGGCUGAUGCCCGGAAUCAGCCUUUUUUGGAAGUUUCUCCGGAGCGAAGGAAUAAGGUUGAAUGGUCGCCGAUAUGGACAACGUAA